CAAGAACAUGAGGAAACAACUGAGAGUAGCCUUUGCUAUUCAAACAAUCUAGCACACAUUCUCCAUCCUUUGUCUCAGUCUGAAUUACUGUGAAAUGGAACGGAGCUCUAACAUGAACACAUCCGCAAGAAAAGGGAAUGAGAUGGCCAGUGCACAAGGUCCAGUGGAAUCAAAAGUGGACACGGUAGAUUACCGGACACCAGUGGGGCAACACCAAGAGCAGAGGCCUGUGCAGGUGGUUCACCAGUUACACCCCAAAGAGGAAUCAAGCACCGGCGGAGGGGUCCUGGCUGAGGCUGCAGCUGCUGUGACUAAUACCCUCCAGGCUGCCAAAGAUGCCCUCUCUGGAAAAUAGCCUCAUAAGACCAUAUCGCAAAUAUUCUCUCUUCUCCUCCCCCUAUUAGGAUGAAUCCGUGUAUCAAUUUUAUUUUAAUAUUGCCCUUGGCUGCAACUUGAUCAUCAAUUGUGGUCUUAGUUUAAGGUUUUCAUAUGGAUACUUUUAUAUUAGAGAUCUCAUAUUCGAAUUC